AAUUAUCAUUUUUGUGUUGAGUUUCUACCAGAGUCUUGUGCUCCGUUUCGUACGUACAUUGUGGGAAGUGCGGUUGUGUUGCUUGAUUUUUAUUAAAAACAAUUUCAGCGCACAAUAAAAACUGUGUGUUUAAUAAUCAACAACGACUUCGACGUGUAUUAGUGCCGCUUUAAAUCUAUUUAACGAUGUCCGAAUAUUGGAUUAUCUCAGCGCCUGGCGACAAGACGUGCCAGCAAACCUUCGACACGAUGAACAACUUAACCAGCAAGCAACAUAAUCUAUGCAAUAACUACAAGUUCCAUAUACCCGACUUGAAGGUGGGCACACUGGAUCAGUUGGUUGGCCUGUCCGAUGAUCUGGGCAAGUUGGAUACGUACGUGGAGCAAAUCACGCGCAAGGUGGCCCUGUACCUGGGCGAGGUGCUGGAGGAUCAGCGCGAUAAGCUGCAUGAGAAUUUGCUGGCCAACAACAGUCCUGGCCCACCUGACGAGAGCAUGCCGUGUCGACAUCACCAGCGUCUGAAGCAUCUGAGCCUGCGCCAUCACCGUAAACACCAGCACACGCACCACCAGAACAAUCCGCUACACCACCAUAACAACCACCACAAUCAUCAUCAUCAGUAUCUGCCGCAGCUGCCCGCGGAUCUCAAGGGUAAAUCCGCCUCUGCCAACGCCCCAGCCACAGCCUCUGCCUAUGCGUCCGCCUCCGCCACGACAUCAGCCAGAGCCAGCUGCUCGGCGUGCCAGGUGAGCGGCGCCAGCGGCGGCAGCCUGAACAAUUUGUCCCUAACCCACGAUGAGUCGGAGCGUGAUUUUGAUUUUGUGAUACCGCCAUCGGGCUGUGCCUGCGACGAAUGCUACGGGCUGCUCAGCAACAGCAGCAGCGUCUUUGCCCCGCCCAGUGCCAGCGCCACGGCGAGCACACUGAUGGCCGACGAUUGCUAUACCCAGACAGCUUCCUCGAUGCUAAAUGCCACGCGCUGUGCGAUCAACACUGUGACGGCCAUAGCAACGGGCAACAGCACUCCGGGCAGUGCGACGGCCGUAACGGCAGCAACUGUUGCUGAUGCCAAGGCCAGUUCGGCAUCAACAAUCUGCUCCUCGGCUUAUUUCUCAACGUCGGCGCCAACGGGCAGCAGUUCGGUGCAAAGCAUGUCGCGCUCUAAUAGCAAAAAGCUAAAUAACAACACUUGCAGCAUAAACAAUAACAAGCUGAGCUUUCGUAGCAGCAGCAGUCAAUUUCAAAUGCCAGCGCAGCAACAACAGCAGCAGCAGCAGCAGCAGCAACAACAUCAUCAGCAGCAGCAACAGCAACAACAACAAUCGCCAUUGCAAUCGCCAACAGAAAAGUCGAUAUGCGAUACGGAUACGGAGGAUGCGGAUGAUUUGGAUGAUCCAAAGAGUCCGAAUAGCGCCUCCUCAUUAUCCGAAACAUUCGACUGGUGGUUCAAUAAGCCGAAGCGUAACUCUAAGAAGUGCAGCACACAGACAUCCACACAGCCACCGAUACAGACACAGCCACCGACACAGCCACAGCCACAAACCCAAUGCAAAUUCAAACCAAUUACAUUUUGGCAUCAGACAUCGCCCACACCGCGCUCUAGUUAUCGCUCUUUCUUCAAUUCUCUUGCCGAUCAAAUUUAUAGCAAACGUUCUACAACGUCUCAAUUAAAUAUAAACAAUGGAUUUAAUUUAACUACAACACAUAGAUCGUCACCAGUGAGUAGUUGUUGUGGCAGUAGUAGCCAGGGUCGUUCCAGUCCAGACACGGAUCAUGCAGCUGAGCCGCCCGAAUUUCCACUCAGUCCAGCCGAACUACCGCAGUAUUUAACGCGUUUCCAAUGGGAUAUGGCCAAAUAUCCGAUCAAGCAAUCGCUUCGCAAUAUAGCCGAUAUCAUAUCGAAACAAAUUGGUCAAAUCGAUGCCGACUUAAAAACCAAAUCGCAGGCCUACAACAAUCUGAAAGGCAACCUGCAGAAUCUGGAAAAGAAGAAAACUGGCAGUUUGCUGACACGCAACCUGGCGGAUUUGGUCAAGAAGGAGCACUUCAUACUGGAUUCGGAGUACCUGACCACGCUGCUGGUCAUUGUGCCAAAGGCCAUGGCUAAUGAUUGGUUGGCCAAUUAUGAGAAGAUUACGGACAUGAUUGUGCCGCGCUCAUCGCAGCUCAUCAAGGAGGAUCCCGACUACAGCCUCUUCAAUGUGACGCUCUUCAAGAAGGUCACCGAGGAGUUCAAGCUUCAUGCUCGUGAACGUAAAUUUAUUGUGCGUGAUUUCGUUUACAACGAGGAGGAGCUGGCAGCGGGCAAGAACGAGAUGACCAAGCUAAUGACCGAUAAGAAGAAGCAGUUUGGUCCUCUGGUGCGCUGGCUGAAGGUGAACUUCAGCGAGGCUUUCUGCGCCUUGAUACACGUCAAAGCGCUGCGCGUUUUCGUGGAAUCUGUGCUGAGGUACGGCCUGCCUGUUAAUUUCCAGGCCAUAUUGAUUGAGCCCAACAAGAAGAGCGUCAAGCGCUUGCGUGAUGUGCUCAAUCAGCUGUAUGGCCACUUGGAUGGUGCAUCCGCUGGCGGAAAUGUGAGCAGUGCUGAUAAUGUGGAUAUACCCGGCUUGGGCUUUGGCCAAUCUGAAUACUAUCCGUAUGUGUUCUACAAGGUGAACAUCGAUAUGGUUGAGCAAACCAAGCUUUAAGAAGGCAACGCACGUGCCUCUACUUCGCACACACCCACAUAACCCCGCACGCCCAUACACAGCCACACAGCAAUAAAUAUAUAAAUACAAAUGAAGAUCAACAAUUUACUGAAUAUGCAAAUUGUAUUCACAGCAACAGCUAACACAUACACACACAAAAAGAGAAAACGCUGUCUGCUUCCCAAAACAAAUCAAGAACAAUUCUAAUCUGCUCAUAACUAAAAAAAAAAAAAAAAAAAAAACAAUAAGUGCAUAUAGUUAAAGAUAAAAGGAACAACAACAAUAGUAAACCACGCAAACAAUUAAUAGUUAUCUAUAAAUUAAUUUAGUCAUUGUUAUAUAAUUAUUGUUGUUAUUUAUGUUACGCGUUCGCUGAAUUCCGUUUCCCAAGUUCAACUUAUUUUCAACAAAGAAAAUCCAAAAAAAAAAAAAACUUUUAAAUAAUGUUAAUCGCGCGUAAGAGAAGCAAAACAAAAUUUCCAAAAGUUGUUUGCCUCCGCCCCUCACAAAACUAAAACUGUAUAAAAAAAAGUUUCUAAUUUGUAUUUACAAUACUUGCUUCAGUUUUAAACAGUAUUUUUUUGUUUGUUACACUUUCUUUCUUUUGUUUGUUUUGUUUUGGCCUUGUUUUGUUAAUGCAAAAAUAUGUAAACUAUAACUGAAUGAUAUAUUUUAUAGUGAACACCCACACACACAUACAAAUGAUGAAACUUAACACACAUUGUCACUAAAAUCAAGCCGAAAGUUUAAUUUUGUUUAUAGUAGAUACAACAUUAUUAAUAAUACAAAUAAAUAUUUGAUUUACAAA